ACAUCAUUAAGUACAUCUCUGAACUUAGGUCCACUUUGUAUUCCCUACUCCAUACCCUUUCCCUUCCUCUCUCACCCUUUUCAAUUCAGAGCAAAACUGUUGCUACAACAACAUGAAAAUGAAUAGCAGGAGUAGGUUAAUGACCCUUUGGUUUGUGAUAUCUGUUGCACUUUGUUUCAAUGCCAGAAACUCAGUUUCAGCUUCAAAGCAGUGUAAUUUCCCUGCAAUCUUCAACUUUGGUGACUCCAAUUCUGACACUGGAGGCCUCUCUGCUGCCUUUGGACAACCUGGUCCUCCCCAAGGAAUGACCUACUUCCACCACCCUGCUGGCCGUUACUGUGAUGGCCGUCUCAUUGUUGAUUUCAUAGCUAAGAAGCUGGGUCUGCCUUACUUGAAUGCAUUUCUUGAUUCUGUUGGGUCAAAUUAUAGCCAUGGAGCGAACUUUGCAACUGCUGGAUCCACCAUUAGACCUCAGAACACAACCCUUCAUCAAAGUGGAGGCUUCAGCCCUUUCUCUCUGGACGUUCAAUUCAAUCAAUUCAGUGAUUUCCAACGCAGAACCCAAAUUUUUCGCAAUAAAGGUGGAGUAUACGAAACAUUGUUACCAAAAGCAGAAUACUUUUCUCAAGCAUUGUACACGUUUGAUAUUGGUCAAAAUGACUUGGCAUCUGGUUACUUCCACAACAUGUCCACGGAUCAAGUUAGAGCGUAUGUUCCAGAUGUUUUGGAUCAAUUCAAGAACGUAAUCAAGUAUAUAUAUAAUCAUGGAGGAAGGUCAUUUUGGGUUCACAAUACGGGUCCUGUUGGUUGUUUGCCAUACAUAAUGGAUCUUCACCCAGUGAAACGGUCAUUAGUGGACAAAGCAGGAUGUGCAACCCCUUAUAAUGAAGUGGCCAAGUUCUUCAAUCGUGAACUGGAAAAGGUUGUGUUUCAACUCAGAAAAGAGCUUCCCCUGGCUGCUAUCACUUAUGUUGAUGUUUACGCUGCGAAGUACUCUCUCAUUAGUCAUCCGAAGAAGCAUGGUUUUGAGGAACCAUUGAGAGCAUGUUGUGGACAUGGUGGAAAGUACAACUACAAUUUGCACAUGGGGUGUGGUGCUAAGAUUAAGCGUGGUGGGAAAGAGAUUCUGGUGGCGAAGCCAUGCAAGGAUCCAUCUGUUUGGGUUAAUUGGGAUGGCGUUCAUUACACUCAGGCUGCAAACAAAAGGGUGCUUGAACAGAUUGUUGAUGGUGCAUUUUCUGAUCCACCCAUUCCUUUGAACAUGGCUUGUCAUAGGAAUCUUUGAAUGAAAGGGUGCUAAUAUCUUGUCCUUUUUUCUUUGUAUCUUUUGAAAAUUAUUCAAUAAAAAAUGGCAAAGUAU